AUGAUUCUCUUGUUUGCUAUUCUUACUCUUUCAAUCGUACAAGGCUUACCAACCACAAGACCAACACUCACAGUUCGUAUUGCCGCACCGACAACUGUGCAUCCCAUUCCUACUAAAGCUAAAGUGGUGACAGUGACCAGUACGUUCCCGCCCAGCACAACAACUGCAAAAGAAAGCGUUGGCCUACGAGGUUCCAUAGAAAAUGAACUUAUUCGUCUGCGUAACAGCUACCAGAAUAUGCGGAAAGAUAUCGACGCUUGGAUGAACACUCCAAACCAUCGAAACGUAGUGAUCCCUUCAAUGAUAGGAGUUUUGGCAGCAAUAAUAACUAUUACCUUUUACCAUCUUAUGAAAGUUGCAUUCCGUAGCUGCACCCGUAGAUUUCGUCGCUACCGUCUAUCCCGCCUCAGCUGCGAAAUCAACGGAGACAAGAAACGCAUGUUGUCAAAGCGCGGGGACAGCGACGACGAAGAGGACAUAUGA